AUGCCAUCAGCGCAACUGUUUCUUCUGUUAUUCUCUCUGGCUUUCACCAGUGUUUGUGUCAACUUGGGGCAGCCAUUUCCAGAAGAUGGUGAGAAUGAAGAAAAGAGUCAUUUGGACGAUAUGUUCCAAAGGGCAGAAAACAUCAUCUUGAGGUCUAUUCUUAAGAAAGUUGAAGAUGACGAAGAGGACACCAACAAAGAGCCAAGUGCUUCUCAGCUGAACUGGAUUUCAAAAAGACAGCACCCUGGAAAGAGAUCUUUGAAUGAUUUAGACAAGAGGCAGCACCCUGGGAAAAGGGAAGAUGUGAGUGACAGUUUCUAUGGAGAAACUCUGAAGCGACAACACCCUGGGAAAAGAGAAGACGACGAUGAAUUUGAUCGCUACUUAGAACUGCAGAAGAGGCAGCAUCCCGGCAGAAGGGCCCUUUGGGACCUGUACCCCGAGAUCCCUAGCAACCAGCUGGCCUAUCUGAAUGAAUUAUCCAAAAGGCAACAUCCGGGCAAGAGAUAUCUGGCUUAUAGCAAACAGCAACAGCCUGGCAAGAAAAGCUGGGAGGCUGGGCUAGAUGGCAGUGAGCAGGACUUGGAGAAACGACAACAUCCAGGGAAGCGGUACCUGGGUUUGGAGAGCCCAGACUACCCUCUCCCCUGUGAUCCCCAGGAUUCCAUCAACUGCAGCAAAGGCAGCUUGUUGUUGGAGCUGCUAAAUAGCGUAAAUGAAGGCCAGGCAGAAGAGAAGCGGCAGCACCCUGGAAGAAGGUCUUCGUGGGAUGGGGAAGUGGAGGCAGAGGAGUGA